AUGUCUGAGACUUCCCAGAUUGAACUUCUCGACCAAGGUGUCGGGUAUGGUAUGCUAGUCGGUGUCGGUGCGUUGUUUGCCCUGAUGAUUUUAGGUAUCGUCAAGCUAUCGCAUAGGUAUCUCAACGAGAAUGAGAACUCCACGGAGAACUUUAUGGUUGCAGGCAGAAAGGUUGGUGUUGGUCUUACAGGAAGUGCUGUGCUCUCGAGUUGGAUGUGGGCAACGGUGCUUAUCUGGUCUUCUCAGAUGGUUUACAGCUAUGGUAUUUGUGCUGGUUAUCUGUACGCCGCAUCCUCCUCUGUCCAGAUCGCUGUGCUCUCCGUCGUUGCUGCUGAGUCGAAGAAGAAGAUUCCGAACGCACACACGUCUUUGGAGGUCAUCAAGCUGAGAUAUGGCACUGUUGCUCAUAUUCUGUAUAUCUUCUUGUCGCUUGUUACAAACAUUCUCUCUUGUGCUUCGAUGAUUCUCGGUGCUUCUAAUGUAUUCAUGGCACUGUGUGUUGCUGCGAACUUGUUGAUCCCAUUCGGUGUCCUGUGUUAUACUGUGGUUGGUGGGCUGAAGUCUACUUUUCUGACUGAUUAUCUCCAUACUUUUAUCGCAUUGAUCAUUCUAAUGUACAUUGGAACUGUUGGAAUCACAAAUGAUAAAGUUGGAAGCUUAUCAGAGCUCUAUAACAUGGUUGUGGAAUAUCAGGAAACAUCGGGCUUGUACAUUAAGGGCAACUACCAAGGCUCUCUGCUGACGAUGAAAUCUCAAGGAUCGUGGUACUUUGGCUUGAUCCAUAACAUUGGUGAUACUGGACUAUCCGUCAUGGAUUCGAGUUUCUGGCAAAAGGCAUACAGUGCUGAUGUUACAGCUGCAGUGCCAGGUUACAUCAUUGGCUCUCUAGGAGUUUAUUGUAUGAGUUUCCCGAUUGGAACCAUUUGGGGUUUGUUGAACAGAGUGUUUGAGAAUACUCCUGAGUUUCCACUCUAUCCAAAUGGAAUGACUGCAGAUGACAUCAACAAUGCCUAUGGUAUUUUUUACACAAUGGAUGCAUUGCUUGGACGGAGUGCCGUUGGUGCAGGUCUAUUGGUCAUCUUCCUCGCUGUGACAUCAACAGUGAGUGCACAGACUAUUAGUGUUUCUUCUAUUCUCUCGUUUGAUGUCUACAGAGCAUACAUCAACCCUGAUGCUGGUAACAAGGAGUUGAUUCGUGUAUCUCACGCCGGUGUUGUUUUCUUUGGCUUCUUCGCUGCUGGUUUCAGUAUCAUGUUACAUUACGUUGGUGCCUCUUUAACGUGGGUUGGGUAUUUCUACUCAAUGUUGAUCUGUCCUGGUGUUAUCCCACUCAUCUGUUCCAUCACAUGGUCUAGACAGAGUAAAGCAGCUGUCCUUAUCAGUCCAAUUAUUGGUAUCUUUGCAGGUUUGGGGAUCUGGUUGGGUGUUGCUAAGUCGAUGUAUGGUGCAGUUAACGUCAACACCACCAUGGAACAAUUACCAUGUCUAUACGGUGGACUCACUGCGCUUUUCCUUCCAGGAGUUCUCACUUUCCUCAUCACCAUUGUAAAACCAGAAAGAUUCGAUUGGAACGUGCUUCAGAAAGCAAGACUGGUGGAUGAUGAACCAGAAACUAAUGACAGUUCUGACUUGAACUCCUCCAUUCCAGAGCCUAUUGAGCAUCAAGCGUCCAUAAAGGAGAAAGAUAACACCACAGAUACUGUUGAACAUCAGCCAGAGAGAGAAAUCUAUAGAAAUGGGUUGACCAAAGAAGAAUACAAUAAGAAGGCCGAUAAGUAUAUCAAAUGGGCAUGGAUUUAUGCAAUUGUCAAUAUUCUCGUGACACAAGUCCUUUGGCCCCUGCCUCUAUAUAGAGACUAUAUUUUUAACAAGCCAUUCUUCGAAGGUUGGGUUACAUUUGCACUCAUGACGACAUAUAUGACUUUCAUUGCUUGUGGACUGUUCCCUCUAUGGGAUGGAAGACAUACCUUGUUAACAGUGGUUCGUGGUAUAUGGAAGGACCUGAAAGAGGGAAAUUGGAAAGUAAAACGUAGAGAGAAGGUUCAAUGA